AUGACCGCGACGGAGAGGGCUGGGGUGGUCGGGGACCUCCAGACGAACUGGCCAUCGGGUAGAGCGGGCUGCUGGGAAAAGAACGCCCUGCGGACCCGGACGCACGACUAUAAAGGGGGGCGUGCCCUGCAGGCGAUUGGUGGACGGGGCGCUGAGUACCGGGCGCUCCGGCAGGUGCCGCAGCCUCGCGAGAACGCCGCUCACGGACGGCGAACGGCAGUAGAGCUCAAGUCUCCGCUCGAAGCCGGGAGUCCCGCAAUGUUCCGCCUAAUGAUGUUGCUAGCGGGGCUCCGUGGCUUGCUAACGUCAAGACCCGGUUUUCAAAAUUCAUUUCUACAAAUUAUAUUUCCAGAGAAAAUCCAAGCAAAUACAAGUGAUAAUUCAAAAGUAGAAAAUGAUCAGGUAUCCUAUAUUAUUCCAAUAGAUGAGAAACCAUAUACCGUGCACCUUAAGCAAAGAUUUUUUUUAGCAGAUCAUUUCAUGGUUUAUUUGUAUAAUCAAGGAUCUGUGAAUUCUCAUUCUUCAAAUAUUCAGACUCAAUGCUACUACCAAGGAUAUAUUGAAGGAUAUCUGAAUUCUGUUGUCACACUUAGCACCUGCUCUGGACUGAGAGGAAUAUUGCAGUUUGAAAAUGUUUCUUAUGGAAUUGAGCCUAUGGAAUCUGCAGUUGAAUUUAAGCAUCUUCUUUAUAAAUUAGGAAAUGAAAACAAUGAAUUUGCAGUUGUUACUGAAAAUAACCAAGACACAGAACAAAACCCAAUGGACUAUAAUAUUUUUAUAAGUGAAAAACCAGAAUCAGCUGUUUCAGAUUUAAUUCCUCUUUAUGUAGAAAUGCAUGUCGUGGUGGACAAAGUUUUGUAUGAUAACCUGGGCUCUGAUAGCAUGAUGGUAACAAAUAAAGUCAUCGAAAUUAUUGGCCUUGUAAAUUCAAUGUUUACCCCAUUUAAAAUUGCUAUUGUGCUGUCAUCUUUGGAAUUGUGGUCAGAUAAAAAUAAGAUCUCUACUGUUGGUGAGGCAGAUGAAUUAUUGCAUAGAUUUUUAGAAUGGAAAAAGUCUUAUCUUACCCUAAGGCCUCAUGAUAUUGCAUAUCUAUUCAUCUAUAAAGAUUAUCCAGAUUAUGUGGGAGCAGCAUUUCCUGGAAAGAUGUGUGUUACCAGUUAUUCUGCAGGAAUUGCUUUGUAUCCCAAGGGGAUAACCUUGGAGGCAUUUUCAAUUAUUGUCACCCAGAUGCUGGGACUCAGUCUGGGCAUAUCAUAUGAUGACCCAAGGAAAUGUCGAUGUUCAGGAGCCAUCUGCAUAAUGAGUCCAAAAGCCAUGAAAUCCAGUGGUGUGAAGACUUUUAGCAGUUGCAGUUUGAGUGACUUUGAAAAUUUCAUUUCAAAUAUGGGUGUCCAAUGUCUUCAGAAUAAGCCACAAAUGCAGAGGGCUCCGGCAGCAAUCUGUGGGAACGGCAGAGUGGAGGGAAAUGAAAUCUGUGACUGUGGUACUGAGGAACAAUGUGGACCUGAUAGCUGUUGUAAUCCUCAAACUUGUGUGCUGAAACCAAAUACACAAUGUGAUAGAGGAUCAUGCUGCAACAAUUGUCAAUUUAUGCAAGCAGGUGCUGUAUGUAGGCCUGUUGCGCAUCCUGAAUGUGAUGUUUCUGAGGUUUGUAAUGGAAGCUCAGGAAGCUGUCCGGCUGAUAUAACUAUACACAAUGGACACAAAUGUAAAGGAGGAGAAGCUUUUUGUUUUGAUGGAGGCUGCCAAGAUCUUGAUGCACGUUGUGAGAGCAUAUAUGGAAAAGGUUCAAAAAAUGCUCCAUUUGCCUGCUAUGAAGAAAUACAGUCUCAAACUGAUAGGUUUGGGAACUGUGGUAGAGAAGGAAACAGAUAUAAAUUUUGUGCAUGGAGGAAUCUUAUAUGUGGCAGAUUAAUUUGUACCUACCCCUUUCAAACUCCUUUCCUUCGAGACGGUGCUUCUGUGAUUUAUGCUUUUGUACGAAAUACUGUAUGUAUAACUAUGCACUACACAACGACGGGUAGAGAAGAUCCAAUGAUGGUCAAAAGUGGCUCUAUUUGUGAUACUGGGAGGAUUUGUGUAAAUCGUGAAUGUGUAGAAUCAAGGAUACUUGCAGACAGAUCAUAUAAUUGUUCACUAAAGUGCAAUGGACAUGGAGUGUGCACUUCCGAGAUGACAUGCAACUGUUCUAGUGGCUACAGCCCUCCAGAUUGCCAAGCGCGCUCCAGAGAAUCUUCCAGAUUGCCUGGGGAACAGGGUUUAAUCAAGGAAAGAGGUUUUGAGAAGGCUGGGAAGAAGCGGUGGCUUUUGGGUAUCUACAUUGCUUUACCUGUUCUCGUCGUAGCAACCAUAGUAGCUGUUUCAUGGAAGCCUUUGAAAAAGUGGUUCAGCAAGAAAGAGGAACCCCAAAGUAGCGAGUAA